AUGAAGCUCUCCAACACAAGUUAUGUUGUUGUCCUGGCUUUAGGUCUCUGCAUGAGCCAGACUCAGGCUCUUUUUGACAGUACUACCGUCCACAUAUUCAACGGCUUGAAGAAUGAGAGUCUUGAAGCUCAUUGUCAAUCAAAAGACGACGAUUUGGUGAUUGAACAGAUUGAAGUUGGGGGUGACUUUAACUGGCACUUUCGAACCAACUUUUUCAAGACAACACUCUUCUUCUGCAAUUUGAAGUGGUUUCUUUAUCACUACUGUGAUCAUAAACACCGCAGAUGGAGAAGAAAAGAAGAUGGAAUUUGCUUUCUUGAUUAUGAUUAUCAGGGAUACCGCUUCGUAUACGACUGGGAACAUUAA